UGAGAACGAAGCAACCUCCUGAGGCGCCUUGACAGGGUUCUGGGUAGGCUGAAAGAGCACGGGGCUAGACUCAAGAGGGAGAAGUGCGAGUUCAACAUAAGAGAGGUCAAGUACUUGGGGUGGAUCAUUUCUGCAGACGGGUUGAAGCCUGUUCCAGAGAAGGUGGCAGCAGUGGUCGGCAUGCGCGAGCCGAGGAACGUCACCGAGCUGAGGGCGCUGCUGGGUUCAGUAAACUACUACCAGCGCCUGGUCCCCAGCUUGGCUUCGAUGCUGGCGCCGCUCUUCGCGCUGCUCAAGAAGGGGGCGGUAUGGCGCUGGACGGCAGCGUGCCAGUCGUCUUUGGACCAGGUAAAGAGGGUGCUGACUAGUGGAAGUGUGCUGAUGAGAUUUGACCUGACCCUCCCUCUCAAGCUCGUCACUGAUGCAAGCAGCGUUGGCGUUGGAGCAGCUCUCGUCCAUGUGCUUCCAGACGGGACAGAGAGACCGGUGUGCUUCGCUUCGCGGACGCUGACAGCGACGGAGCAGAAGUACGCCAUGGUAGAGAAGGAGGCGGUCGCAGUAUCCUUCGGUGUCAGGAGAUUCAGCAAGUACCUGUAUGGUAAGCACUUCCACCUCGUGACCGACAACCGUGCUCUGUCUCACAUCUUGAACCCACAGAGAGAGCUCCCGGCACUGUCAGCUGCGCGUAUGCAGAGAUACGCCCUUCAGCUCGCGGCGUUCUCGUACGAGGUCGAGCUGAGGAAGUCUGAGAACAUGGGGCUGGCUGAUGUUCUGUCGCGACUGCCGCAGGUUGGAGCCGACGGAGACUCUGUGGAAGAGGAAGAGGUGUACCUGGUACGGCACUGGGAGGAGGAAGGACCAGCUCUGUCGGCCCAGGAGGUGGAGACGCUCACCCGACGAGACUCCACUCUGGGGAGAGUUCUGACGUAUGUUCGUUCGGGAUGGCCCUCUGUAGUGGAGCCCGAGUUUAGAGCAUUUAAACAGCGCUCUACCGAGCUCUCUACGGAUGGGGACUGUUUACUGUGGGGCGGAAGGGUGGUUGUGCCCACAAAAAUGCGCAACAGAGUGUUGCAGGAGCUGCAUGCUGGACAUCUGGGAUCCGGGAAGAUGAAGCAGCUGGCCAAAAGGUAUGUCUGGUGGCCCGGACUCGACACCGAGCUGGAGAGCUUCGCCAGAGUCUGCGGGUCCUGCGUUGAGAAACGCGCGGCGCCUCCAAAGGCAAGUUUGCACCCGUGGGAACCCACCCAGGGCCCGUGGGAACGGGUUCACGUCGACUUUGCUGGGCCGUUUCAGGGCAGCAUGUUUCUUGUGGCCCAUGACAGCUACUCAAAGUGGUUGGAGGCCAUCCCUAUGAAAACUGUGUCCGCCGAACGUACCAUCGAUGAACUGAGGUCUUUGUUCGCGCGGUUGGGUCUGCCAAAGCAAGUUGUGUCAGAUAAUGGACCACAGUUUACUUCUCGUGAGAUGUCAGCGUUUAUGAUGAUGAACGGUGUACGUCACAUCAAAGUCGCUCCGUACCAUCCGUCCAGUAACGGCGCAGCGGAAAGAGCAGUUCAAACUGUAAAGAACAGCCUGAAAGCGAGCAUCCAGGAUGGUCAGAGUCUGGCGACGCGUCUGGCCAGAUUUCUGAUGUCUUACCGCAAUGCUCCGCAGGUUUCCACGGGGAGGUCGCCGGCGGAGUUGCUGUUCGGCCGGACUCUGAGGACCCGGCUCGAUCUUCUUCGUCCCGACCGUGCGCAGAUGGCUGUCGACUACCAGGCGCGGAUGGCGGAGACAGCUGGCGGCGAGCUGCGCGGGUUCGGCAUCGGCGAGGACGUCUGGGCUCGCAGCUUCUCUGGACCCAAGUGGCGGAGGGGGCGUAUCGCUGCCAAGACGGGACCUGUCUCCUACGAGGUGGACUUCGGGGACACCUGCUGGAGCCGUCACGCCGAUCAGCUGCUGCGUGCCGGGCAGUCUGGGCGCGGGGUGACACCGGAGGACAUCGCCGGGCCUGACCGCGCAAGGACGCCGCUGGACGCCGCCAUGUGCGGGACGCUGCCGGCGCCGGCCGCUGGGCCGUCAGCGAGCGGAUCGGCGGGGGCGACGGGUUCGGUGCCGGCGGCUGCGGUGGUGGCGCCGUCUCCGGGGCCGGAGGAGAUUAGAGUAGAGACGGUCUUUCACUGA